AUGAGAAAUGACAUCAAGUUUCACAGCAAAUCAAACCCUCAUGAGUUCAGGAAACUGAUCGGUGGGCUGGUUCCUGAUUUAGUCCCAGUCGACAAGGCCACUGGUCGAAUGCAGAGCCGAGAUGAGUUCAUUGACGACAUUUUUGCUGGACUUGCUUGUUCCACCAUGUCAGUGCGCAUGAUGCCUUACAUCUUCAGUAGGAUCAAUUGGGACGAUCCUAGAAAUGAUCCCAUAUUCCGGCAAUUCAUGCCUCUUGGUUCCAUGAUGCUUCCAGAUCAUCCCAAAGCCAACCUCGACUCUCUGCACGAGAAAGUUGACUCCAAAGUAGAUGGCUUGGUGCACCGGUAUCCCGACAAGGCUCUUUUCCUUGCUACAUCAAUUUGUCCCACCUAUUGUGCAUUUUGCACGAGAUCGUAUGAUGUCGGCGCUGACACGACUACUCUCGAGAAGGAGGGUCGUUUCAAGCAGGGCAGGGCUCGAUGGAAGGCUUGUUUGGAUCAUAUUGCAAAGACACCUGAAAUCCAGGACAUUGUCAUUUCGGGCGGAGACUCGUUCUUCAUUGGGCCAGAGCAUCUUGUUGAAAUUGGGUUAAAACUGAUUAGCAUGCCCAACAUCAAGAAAUUCCGCUUCGCCUCAAAAGGGCUCGCAGUGAGCCCUAACCGGUUCCUCGAUCCCAAGGAUAAUUGGACCAAUGCCCUCAUAUACGUCAGUCAGCAGGCGGAGAAGGCUGGCAAGAGGAUGGCUCUCCACACUCACUUCAAUCAUCCAAACGAAAUCUCGUGGAUCACUGAGAAGGCCAGCCGUAGGUUGCGGGACGCGGGAGUCACAGUUCGUAACCAAACGGUGCUGCUGAGGGGAGUCAAUGACGAUGUCAAGACCAUGGGCACACUGAUCCGCACUUUGGCAGAUACAUUAAGAAUCCAGCCGUAUUACGUUUACCAAUGCGACAUGGUGAAAAGGGCCGAACACUUUCGCACGCCACUGCAAACGAUACUUGAUAUGGAGAAACAGCUCAUGGGAUCUAUUGCCGGUUUUGACCUGCCAAAGUUCAUCGUCGACCUACCUGGAGGCGGGGGCAAGCAGCCGGCAAAUAGUAAGAUAUCAUAUGACCGAACGACGGGCAUUUCAACAUUCGACGCCCCGGCCGUCAAAGGCGGCAACAAGAUUUACAAGUACUAUGAUCCUGUGGACUCGCUCAUUGGAAGCGGAUGA